UGACGGUGCUUCCGCUUAGUCGCCGUAGGUGAGAAUUAAAAAAGAAGACGAAAGCGGCGGAGAGAGGGAGAGAGCGAGAGAGAAAAGUAGAUGGUGAGCGGGGCCGGAACGUGGAGAAAGUGAAGGGAGCAGCCAGCGCCGCCGAGUCAGCCGCAUCCAUCGUCCCCGCCCGUAAGCCAGAGGCCUCAUCGGCAUUUCCCAGCCGUCAGCAGCGAGAGGAGAGCCGAGGCCCCGCCGCUCAGGAGGUGUCGCCAGCGGAGACAAGCCACUUGUUCCCAGCCCAGCUUCGCCUGUCACCGGCUCGGCCGACCGACCGACCGACCGACCGCCGGCUGCUGCCGUCCGUCAAGAGGUUGCUGCAAAGCAAACUAAGGAGUGCGUGUAGGAAGGGGCUCCAUGAAUGGAAAUCGGAACCCCAGGAGCUGUUGGGGCUCAGCCCCUCUUCACGGUGCCAAGGCGUCCAGGAUGUGGCACCAUGGGAAAACCGAUUAAACUGCUGGCCAACUGCUUCCAAGUAGAUAUCCCAAAGAUUGACGUCUACCUCUAUGAGGUAGAUAUUAAACCAGAUAAAUGUCCUCGCAGGGUUAACAGGGAAGUGGUUGACUCUAUGGUUCAGCAUUUUAAAGUUCAAAUAUUUGGAGAAAGAAGACCUGUCUAUGAUGGGAAAAAGAGUCUCUAUACUGCUGAUCCCAUUCCAGUCAGCACCACGGGGGUGGAUUUGGAGGUGACGUUACCAGGAGAAGGGAAAGACCGGAUUUUCAGGGUCUCAAUAAAAUUUGUUUCAAGAGUGAGUUGGCACUUGCUACAUGAAGUUCUUACAGGACGGAGUAUGCCGGAGUUGCUGCCCGGGUUGGAUCUGGACAAGCCUCUCAGCACAAAUCCUGUCCAUGCAGUUGAUGUUGUUCUUCGACAUCUCCCCUCCAUGAAGUACACCCCUGUUGGCCGUUCUUUCUUCUCUGCCCCCGAAGGGUAUGACCAUCCAUUGGGUGGGGGUAGAGAAGUCUGGUUUGGUUUCCAUCAGUCCGUCAGACCAGCCAUGUGGAAAAUGAUGCUGAACAUAGAUGUUUCUGCCACUGCUUUCUAUAAAGCACAGCCAGUAAUUCAGUUCAUGUGUGAAGUUCUAGACAUACAUAAUAUUGAUGAACAACCGCGACCUUUGACUGAUUCCCAUCGUGUCAAAUUCACCAAAGAGAUAAAAGGAUUGAAAGUUGAAGUAACUCACUGUGGACCUAUGAGGAGAAAGUACCGUGUGUGCAACGUCACCAGGCGACCAGCCAGUCAUCAAACGUUCCCCUUACAGCUGGAAAAUGGACAGACUGUGGAAUGCACUGUGGCGCAAUAUUUCAAACAGAAAUACAACCUUCAGUUAAAAUACCCACACCUACCCUGUCUGCAGGUGGGACAGGAGCAGAAACACACCUAUCUGCCACUGGAGGUCUGUAACAUUGUGGCGGGGCAGCGUUGUAUCAAGAAACUGACGGACAAUCAGACAUCAACAAUGAUCAAAGCAACAGCACGCUCAGCACCUGAUAGACAAGAGGAAAUAAGUAAAUUGGUAAAAAAUGCAAACUAUGACGCUGAUCCUUUUGUCCAGGAGUUUCAGUUUAAAGUUCGAGAUGAAAUGGCUCAUGUGACUGGCCGAGUACUUCCAGCCCCCAUGCUGCAGUAUGGGGGGAGGGUGGAACCAAGUCAUUUUAGAUUACAAACUAAUCGUACAGUUGCUACUCCAAGUCAUGGUGUUUGGGACAUGCGGGGGAAACAGUUUCAUACUGGGGUUGAAAUCAAAAUGUGGGCAAUAGCAUGUUUUGCAGCACAGAGACAAUGUAGAGAAGAAGUACUUAAGAGUUUCACUGACCAGCUACGGAAAAUAUCUAAAGACGCCGGAAUGCCAAUUCAGGGCCAGCCAUGUUUUUGUAAAUACGCACAAGGAGCUGAUAGUGUGGAGCCAAUGUUCAGGCAUCUGAAGAAUACGUAUUCAGGCCUACAACUUGUUAUUGUUAUUUUACCUGGGAAGACACCGGUCUAUGCUGAAGUGAAGCGUGUGGGAGAUACUCUACUAGGGAUGGCCACUCAGUGUGUUCAGGUGAAGAAUGUUGUUAAAACAUCUCCACAGACGUUAUCAAACCUCUGCCUGAAGAUUAAUGUGAAAUUAGGUGGAAUCAACAACAUUUUGGUACCACAUCAACGACCAUCCGUGUUCCAGCAACCUGUGAUUUUUCUGGGAGCUGAUGUUACACAUCCACCAGCUGGAGAUGGCAAGAAACCCUCAAUCGCUGCUGUUGUAGGCAGUAUGGAUGCCCAUCCUAGUCGUUACUGUGCCACUGUGCGUGUACAGAGACCACGACAGGAGAUCAUUCAAGAUUUAGCAUCUAUGGUUCGAGAACUUCUCAUACAGUUUUACAAAUCAACACGUUUUAAGCCGACCCGAAUUAUAUUUUAUCGUGAUGGAGUUUCUGAAGGGCAGUUUCGUCAGGUUUUGUAUUGCGAGCUUUUGGCGAUUCGAGAAGCAUGCAUUAGCCUGGAGAAAGACUAUCAACCUGGUAUUACUUAUAUAGUGGUGCAGAAACGGCAUCAUACACGAUUAUUCUGUGCUGAUAAGAAUGAAAGGGUUGGGAGAAGUGGAAAUAUUCCAGCAGGAACCACGGUAGAUACAGAUAUCACCCACCCAUAUGAAUUUGAUUUUUAUCUCUGCAGCCACGCUGGGAUACAGGGGACAAGUCGCCCCUCUCACUAUCAUGUUCUGUGGGAUGACAACUGCUUCUCUGCGGAUGAGCUUCAGCUCCUUACCUAUCAACUGUGUCACACGUAUGUGCGUUGCACACGCUCUGUGUCUAUCCCAGCACCAGCGUAUUAUGCACAUCUAGUGGCAUUUAGAGCAAGGUACCAUUUGGUGGACAAAGAGCAUGACAGUGCUGAAGGCAGUCACAUUUCUGGUCAGAGUAAUGGACGUGACCCUCAGGCUCUUGCCAAGGCUGUGCAGAUUCACCAGGACACAUUGCGCACUAUGUACUUCGCUUAAGUUUGGGAAAUUCUCUCCAGAAGGAACCGAAAAUCACAGCCUGCAAUUCCAGUGGGGUCAGUUUACGGGCAUGUCUCCAGCCAUACUGUAACUUUCACUGUGUGGGGACAAUAAUUUCAUAAACUGACGAAAAGAGAUUGUUUACCUACGAAGAUCAUAGCACUAUUAUGCAAUAUGAAACCAGCCAACUGCUCUGUGUGUGUGUGUGUGUGUGUGUGUGUGUGUGUGUGUAUGCGAGUGUGGGUGUGUGCAUGUGCGUGCGUGCUCCGUCAGACCUUGUGUCUGUGUCUUUCCUUUUUUUUUUUCUCCGGUAUAGUUUUCUUUUUGCCUUUACCUCAGUGUUUGGCAGCACAAAAGUCAUGCAACAUGAAAAUGGGACAAAGAAAAAUGUUUGACAAAACUUGGAUAUCAAAACAAGUCACUAAUUAGUUCAGAGGUCCAAUCAUUUGCUUGGAGUCUUCAACUUGGAAAGGUGGGUGGUUGGAGAAGGAGGUGAAGACUUGCUGGAAAAAAAAUAUUCUAGGGAAUAACUACCAAUGCUUUAUAAGAUCCAAAAGUCCACCUCCACCAUGCCACUUUUCAAAUUCUGCAUACUCAUCAAUUAGUGAGUUAAAUCAACAGAUUAUUGAACUCAGCUACUAGCUAUGGUUGAGCACCAUAAACAGUGCAGUGGAAUUUUGUAUAGAAGAUAAUAUCCAUGUCUUGGAUAACCCUUAAUUAUUGACGAUAUAAGAUCUUUUGAAAAUUCCAAGAAAUGGGGCUAUGUUUAAUGUAGAAACUUCUGCUUUUUGUUACUGUUUACUUGCUAGCUCACAACAAAAUGUGAUGUUUUCUGUUUUAGCAUCCUAUAUUUAUUAGAAAAAAUAAUGCUUAAUUUAAUAUGGAUUUACAUUAAAGUAUAGUAGCAUCAAUUCUAUUUAGUUCUGGAAUGUAACCGUGUUGUAUACUGACAGAACAUUGCUACCGUUAGUGCAAUAAGCGGUUGGUAAGAAAGCCCGUGUCCUACGCUGUUCUGGAGCAGCAGUUGUACCACUAUAAUCGUGGGAGAGUGGACACCUCCGCACUUCAGAACCUUAUCAGUUUUAAUAAGAAAAAGAUGAAUGCAAAAAAAAAGUAGGGCUGGGAUGUUUUAAUAUUACUUUAUUGGGACAUUGCUUUAUUUAAUUUACACAUCUAAUCACUGAAAUGUGAAUUUUUUUCAAAUAUUUCUGUUUUAUUUCAGUCAUUCCAUUUUAAGAUAUACCGAUUUUUUUUAUUUUGAAAUUUUUCAUAAAACAGUUUAAUGUGUCAUUGAUACAAAUCUCAUGAUGUCGUUUGCACUUUGUAAAACCUCAUGAACUGCAUAUUUUAUCUAACGGUUGUCAUUGCACUGGCUUGAACCGCAAUAUACAAAAUGCUGCAGCCCUACAAAAUCGCCUCUCCUCUACAUGAAAAUUUCUAUUGUUAGUAAAAAGAACUCGAACUUUAUGAAAACAUGGAAUUCACUGCAGAAUUUUCCUACCCUUUCAGAAAAGCUGAGUCCUUGUUUAAUAUGAGUUGCUCAUAAAGCAAAGUAAAAUAUUUUUCAGUUUAUUCCUCUUCAUCUCUUAAAUAUACAGUGCCCUCCAUAAUGUUUAUUUAUUUAUUUGCCUCUGUACUCCACAGUUUGAGAUUUGUAAUAGAAAAAAUCACAUAUGGUUAAAGUGCACAUUGUCAGAUUUCAAUAAAGGCCAUUUUUAUACAUUUUGGUUUCACCAUGUAGAAAUUACAGCAAUUAACACAUAUCCCCCCCCCCCCCCCCCCCCCAUUAUUUCAGGGCACCAUAAAGUUUGGGACAAAGCAAUGCCAUGUAAAUGAAAGUAGUCAUGUUUAGUAUUUUUUGCACAUCCUUUGCAUGCAAUGACUGCAUGAUGUCUGCAAUUCAUGGAUAUCACCAGUUGCUGGGUGCCUUCGCUGGUGAUGCUCUGCCAGGCCUGUAAUACAUCCAUCUUUAGCUUAUGCUUGUUUUGGGGGAUAGUCCCCUUCAGUUUUCUCUUCAGCAUAUCAAAGGCAUGCUCUAUUGGGUCCAGAUCAGGUGAUUGACUUGGCCACUCAAGAAUUAACCAUUUUUUUGGGUUGGAAAAACUCCUUUGUUGCUUUAGCAAUAUGUUUGGGAUCAUUGUCAUGCUGUAGAAUGACCCGCCAGCCAAUGAGUUUUGAGGCAUUUGUUUGAACUUGAGCCAAUAGGAUGUGUCUAUACACUUCAGAAUUAAUUAUGGUACUACCAUCAGCAGUUGUAUCAUCAAUGAAGAUAAGUGAGCCAGUAUCUUCAGCAGCCAUACAUGCCUAGGCCAUAACACCCCCACCACCAUUUUUCACAGAUGAUGUGGUAUGUUUUGGAUCUUGGACAGUUCCUUCUCUCCUCUAUACUUUGCUCUUGCCAUCACUCUGAUAUGUUAAUCUUCGUCUCAUUUGUCCACAACUGUGGUUGUUCUUUUAAGUACUUCUUGGCAAACUGUAACCUGGCCAUACUGUUUUUGCAGCUAACCAGUGGAUCGCAUCUUGCAGUGUAGCCUCUGUAUUUCUGUUCAUGAAGUCUUCUGCAGACAGUGGCCAUUGACAAAACCAAAAUGUAUAAAAGUGGCCUUUAAUAAAAUCUGACAAUGUGCACUUUAACCACAUGUGAUUUAUUUUCUAUUACAGAACUCAAAUUGUGGAGUACAGAAGCAAAUAAAUAAAUGAUGGGUCUUUGUCCCAAACAUUAUGGAGGGCACUGUGGGAAGGGCUAACACUGCGAAUGGUGCCUAAACUUUCAAAGGAUAGUCCUACUUUAAAGUGGAGUUCAGAAGUCCAAACUGAUUCUUCAGGCAUGGUCACAGUAUUGAAAGCUUGAAGUCCAGCAACUUCAUAAAAACAUAUUCUAUUAAUUCAUGGUGCUGAACAAUCUGAAUUAAAUUAAGAAACUUCAGAUGUGUUUGUUAAUUUCUAACAACAAAUAACAACUAACAUCACUCAAAAAUCAGCCUUUCAUUCUGGACAUUAAACAAAUUAUGAAUAGUAUGCAUUUAUUUAGCUAUUCUUUGUGUGAAAGAGUUGCACAUUACUUGUUUGUUUUGUGCCUUUUAGAAACAUAAGUAUAUAUUUUUAGUGUGCAUGUACUUUCCAAUUGUAGUUAUGGUUAAUUAUUUUCCAUUGAGUUCCUGGUGUUCAAGAAUGCAGCUGUAAAAUAAUUAGUUACACUGAACUUCAAUCAUUUACUGAUUUAUGAUGCAUCUGAGUAAGGAACACAUUCUUACUAUGAUUCUAUUUUGCUUGGUUGAUCGUACAACUGUAGUGCAUAUUAUACCAUUCCUACAAAUUUAUCUUGUUGCCUUUUGUGGUAGAUUGGAACUUUUGUUAUCAGUUAGUCUUCAGUUCCUAGUUUACAAUACCAAAAGAAAGGAUUGGCUGUUUCCAAUGAAACAAAAGGUGAUUUGCCUGAGAGGAACAUAAUGAGCUUUUAAUAAAUUAAUUCUAAUAGUUUUUAAAUUUAGUUUUUAAAUGCUGCUAAUUAAAAGGAAUCUCUUUCUUCUUCAAAUUGGUCUGUUGCAGCUCUAGUUGUACAUGAUUGUUAGAACAUCUUAAAAAUAUCAAAAUGCCUCUGAUACUUUUAUAGUUGCUUUUAUAAUCACACGUUGUUGAAUUUUAACAGUGACUCUUCAAAUGACUGGUUAGAUUAUGUCGCUUCAUGAAUUUUGCUUUGAGAAUGAGUAAAGUAAAACUACUUGAGAGUAGAUAAUUUGAGGCGUCAAAUAAAUAUAGUUAAUCAGGAGCACCCCCCAAUUCAAGAAAUCUUCCCUUAGUUUAAAAAAAAAUCUAUCCUUUGGAGAAUUGUUUUGAGGACAAUUUUUCUUUGGAACUCCUUUGCUGAUAUAUACUAAUAUUCUUCCAAAAUAUUAAUGAAGCAGAGAUUUAGGAGACAGUUCCAGCUAUUACUCUGCUGUUAAAACCAUUAUCUAGACAUGAUGUCUUCAGAUACAAUUUCUACAUCAAUUGAAUCUUUCAUUACAUUCUCCAUCAAAAAGUGCCUUGAUGGACAAAUAGGACAAUGCUAGACACAGGGAAACAAAAUAUCCACCAAAUGCAGGUUAGUAAUAUAAACUUAAGAGUGGAUCUUUUCAUGGAGAGGUCAAUUGCUUAUUAGAUUAUCGAAUAAAAAAUAUUUCACAAAGGAAGCAAAGUUUAAAAUUAAAACUACAUUGGCAAAUUGUGUUCACUGAUUUCAGCGGAAUGAAUGUCAUUUCUCACUUACAAUAGAGAGCAAAACCAAAAUCCUGCAAAUCUUAUUCUGUAACCUGGAGGUUCCCUUGGAAACAUGUGUAUCAACAGAUAAUUUGCCAAACUCUAUCAAAUGAAAAUUCACAGAAGAUAAAAUAUGAUCAUUUUAUCCCCAGUUCUUAUAACAUAGUGAUGAUUACCUACAACCCUUCUUCCUUGCAUUCACUAUUUAGUUUGGUAGUAGACAAAAUUCUAAGAAAGUUAAUUCACGGUUUUCUAGCCUUUAGCAAUAGAUCGCAAAGAACUUUUGGUAAUUCAAAUGGAUGAUCAAAACUGCUUUCAAUCAUGAACUAUAAUGGGAACAGUGAAUAGGCAAAGUUUGAAAGAAUCCACAAUCAUGCAGAUAGGUGUUCUAGUGCCUCUGUGUGCCCACUGCUAAGGAUGUACGAUGCUUAAUUUUAACUCCACGUAAUUUAAUGUUAACUUGCCAUCUUCUUGUGAAUUAUAUUUGAGAGGGAGGAGACUUCUGCAGUCAUGCCAAACCAAGACCAGUAUGAUACUUGGUGCCUUUGUUAUGUUCCAAUUGAUCUCAAUGGUUAAUUUAAUUGAGCCAAUGCCAAGUUUGGAUUACAAUUCAAAACACCACUCUUUACUUUGGACAAUGUACAAUAAUAAUGUACAUGUAAUGCUGCUCUUGCAAAUUUACAACAUAGCAUUUGAACCAAAUGCUUCCUUGUACUGCAUAUUUAUUGGUCAGGUAUUUCUGAAAUAAUAUUCUGUAAAAUAGAGAUUUUCUGUCAGGAGGGGCGAGUGUCCCUGUACCAUACCCAUCAGCUCAGUUUGUAAAUGCCUGCAAAAAGUGCCGACUGCAUUUGCAAAUGUACUUCAUAAUGUACCAGCGUUGGGAGGGCAGUGAGACCGAUAGCUGCUAUUUGUUAAUCAGUGUCAGACAAUAACUGCACUAGGAAUUGAAGUUAUGCUCACAAUUCCUAUUUACAAGAGUGAAGGGAAGAAUGUAGUAAUUGACCAGCAUAAAAAUUGAAUCAGGCCAGCUCUUUCCAAGCCCUUUUUUUUGUUAUUUUCUGUACCCUGACUGCUGAUUCAUGUGCGGUACUGAUGUACAGCAACUUGUACUGGAUUAUGCAGCAAGACAAUAGAUUUGCUUCAAAUGCAAAUCUGACUCAUUGCUUAUAUCAGUACCAUCACGUUGGAGUUAUGUCAAUCUUGUGUUGGUUCUGGCAAGGUAGUAAUACAUGCUGCAUCUAGGUACCUCUCACUAAUAGUUAUUGUAGUAACAUGGGGACAUUUGCUAGCAUAGCAUUUAUUGUUUUAGUGUACUGGAAUGAUCUCAGUACAGAUCUGGUGCUACUAGAUGCAAUAUCUAUACCACUACAUCUGUAGUAAAAGCUGGAUCUGAUUUUUACUGAACACCUGUGCUGUAUGGGUCCAGUACUUGUACCAUACAGUUUUGGUACAGGCACCAACUCUAAUGGUACAAAUCUGAUAUUUGUGCUGGUCUUUUGCAAAAGGAAAGAGGUGGUUUCAGCAUUAAAGCUGAUCCAUUUAAAUUAAUAUUUGAAGGACAGUCCUUAGAAAGUGCCUUUACAGAAGCUGGUGCUGUAGAUUUGUUGUUCAUUACGUGGCUGAACGUUUUAUAUAAUGCCAAGAAUAUUGAUAGUAUCCUGUAGCUGAUAUGUUUAAUGACAGUUUCUUCUCAGUCAGGACCAAGAUGGGGACUAUAGUUUGAAAAGCUUUGAAGAACACUCUCAAUACACAACCUAAUCAGAAAAAAGACCCAGAACGGGAGCUGUGAUUGUUAUAAAUUAACUAUGUUGCUUUAUAAUCCUGUGUAAAGAAUUCAAUGACUGUUGAGUUGAUGCCCAAUUCUCCUCACCACCACCCCACAUCCAACUCCUUCCCCCAAAGUUUGAAGGAUGGAUGAUUAAUACAGGCCAAAUGAAUGUAAUGAAGUUUAAGUGGUAUACAGAAUGAAGUCUGUUAUGUUUGUAAUUCAUCUGUUACUUUAGCCAUAGAUUUGUUUUCUAGAUGGCCGACUACAUUCUGUGUCGUUUCUGGUAUUAGGCCUAUAUCAUCUUAUUUCCCAGCUAGAGAUUAUGUUAGAUCGCGAAUCAGAUGGAACUCCUGGAAGACACGAUACAGUUUGUGAAAUAGUGAGCAUCUAUUUACAUGUAAAUGUAGACACAUGAUUCUCAUGUUUCCCCUGGCAUUUUAUGAAUGUUAUAUUUGUGGAGGUGGAUUCAUAAAAUCUUUUAUUUUAAAACAAAGGAACCAUUUAUAAUUUUGUAUAGUAAUGCAAAAUAACCCUUUUAACACAUGCUUAAAUGUGCUCACUGGUGGAGCUAGAUAGUCAGGAAAGGAAUAUUAAUUCAUUGACGUUUACAUAUGGUAUUUGGCGCACUGUUUGCUUCUAAUUCAAAAGACCAGACCCAAGAACUAAAAAAUCAACCUUGUUUGGAAUGGUACAUUCAAAAGUAGUGCUUUUUGAAUGCUGUAUUCAUUAAACAAGUUGACACUGUUUUUAAAUCUGAUGUACUGGUAUCACCUGAUACUGUAUCGGAUGUUGUUAUCUGAUGGUGUUUUAUCAAAUCAAUAUCUUAAUUCCUGCAAAAGCAUAGUGAGCAGCUGAGCCAUCCAGAACAGCAAGAUCCCAUUGAUUAUAUGUCUGUCAAGUGAUUUCAGCUGAAUCAUAAAAGGAGUUCUAGAAUUGGCUUCAACAUGAAAGAGGAGAAAAUUGGGUCGGAGUCACUACUUCUGGCUUGAGAUAAUUUUUUUGCUCCAGAACUACACACGAAUAAAGGCAAUUUGAGCAAGAUACGAUAAGUUCAAUACUCUUACAAAGAAAUGGUUUAAAGGAAGUGGCUAUGUAUUUUAAUGAUUUAUUCCAAUUUGUUCUAAUUGGAUUAUUUGUUUAUCAUUUCUUGUAUAAAGAAACUGGCAUUUUUUUUAUUCUGAGGAAACUGCAUUAAUAACUUGUUAACUAACCUCCCUUCAAAUUAUUAACAUAAUGUGAUGUGAUUUAUCAAAUUAAAGUGAAAACACCAUAUUAUAAACCAAUUUCUUGAUCUGUUUGGCUGCCUUUAUCCCGCAAUGUCUUGGUGUGUAGUUGGAUUCACAGUUGAAGUAUUUUUUUAAUAUAUUUUCUAUUAGCAGAUAUGAGUACUUUUAGAUUUCCAAUGAUUUAAUUAUAGUUUUGCUGGAUUAAUCUUUUUUUUAAAUAGUUUAAAAUGUAGUAAUAAACAAAAAGCAAAGAAUCAUCAAAACCAAGUUACAGUACACUACAUUGAAAUGAUAAAAUAGUGAAGCAUAGAAAGGAAAUAUUGUUCCAUCACAUCUGUGCCAUUACUCUUGAAAAACCAAUCCAAUUUAGACCUAUACUACAACGUUGUCCCUUUCUUAGAUUACACGCAUAGAUACCACUCCCUAUUUGCUCUAUCAAAAAUCCUCUAUUUUGAAUAAUCCAUGAAAUAUCCUAUUCCUUAGAGCUCUCUGAUAAUCCUAACCUGGGCCCUCUCUGAUGCCUUGACAUCAUUCCCAGCUGUCCAUUAUUAAAUAAAAUAUUGAACUGAGUGGUUAAUUAAUUAUUGUACCAUUCCCCAUGAAUAUAUUUAUUAGUUUAUAAUUGUAUAGUUUCUGCUUGGCCAGCUUCCUACGUAUUAGUGGAGGUAUUUAUAUUGAGUUGGUGGAAAUGUACAUUGUGGAAAUGGUGGAAAAAUGAAAUGUAGAAAAUUCGAUCAAAAUUGAGCCAGCUGGAAGAAAUUGUCCAUUGUGUGUUGCUUGUAUUAAGUUGGGUAAAAUGUUCUUCAUUAAGAUUUUAAAAGAAGAGGAAUUUAUUUAAUUUGUAUUUUAAUCCUUUUGUGAUCAGAACCUCAGUGGUUGGUGAUGUUGGGUCAUAGUGUGAAAUGAAACUUUUCACCAACUUUAUUUACUUUUAGUUUUUUAUUAGAAGAGUCGUAUCAUGGGGAGGAGGAGUAGAAAAAUUAAUGUUUGUGAGCUCAAAAGAAGUGUGCCUCCUGCUAGCCUAGCACAGAGCAGCAUUUGUAUCAACCUCAAGGAGAAUUCUUGCACAGUUUCCUAGCUGAGAAGGCUGAAUGAAAGAUAAAAAAAAUAGUAGAUUUGCUGGUUGUGUAUGGUGAGCAUUCUGUUAUAAGGAAGCUUGGAAUUAAAAUAAAAACACUGCACCUCAAUAUCCUUCAUAUGCUGCAAAAGAAAAUACUGCUUUGGUUACAUUAUAUCUGCUGCACAUGCUUGACAAUACACUUUAAAAUGUUAAAACAUUGUCUUAAUAGCAGUUAUCGAAAUUGGGUUUAUAAUGGAAAAGAUGAGCCUUUAUUUUGUGGUUAUUUCUAAGAAUUAACUUAUUACUCAUGUUUAGCAUACUGCAAGGUAACAUGCAUUAGUGUUGCAAUUAUAUGUUUAGAGGGAGAUUAUUUGCUAUUGCGUGAUGCCUUUCUUCAGAGCAGAUGAGUGGAGAUUUGAAAUUUUGUGUUAUCUGUAUUAUUUUUGGAUGUUGUAUUUUAUUAGUGUGUUGAGGUCACUGACGUUGAAUCGCAGGCCUUCAUUAAAGGGUUAUAAGAUAUUUGUGAACAAUUCUUGCAAAAGAUAAAGAUAAGAUUAUUAAUAACUUUACUUCUUUAGAGAUUCAAUAUUUAACUACACAACCUCUUGUUAAUGAAUUCCAAUAAUUGUGAUUGUGUCAUAAACACUUUGGUAUUUUCCAGCCACAUCUAGUUUUAACUGAAAUAGAGCAGUGAAACAAUCUUUACAAGCAGUCCAAGAACCCAUUGCAAGUCAUGUAAUGAAGGCAACCUAUGUAUUUCAUCUUAAUCUAUUAUACUGUUUAUUCCCUUUUAGUUACAUUCUCCUGGUCAAAUGGCCAAAUUCCAAUCCAUUAAUCCAAAGUGACCUCCGAUGUGCUUCAUGCCGUAUAGCAAUUUUUCUAAUUUUUAUAACUAACUAUAGAGAUUUGACCUUUUUGAAUGAGUAAAAAUCCAACUUUGGUGCACAUAACUAAAACUGAGGGUCUUUUUUUUCCUUUACCUGAUAAUGUCAGCAUUGUGGUUGGUCAAUGGUGAGUCAAUGUUAUACUCUGGGAACUGAGAAAGCCAUGCUGGGGUUUAUGGGAGAGAAUCAAAUAACAAUAUUGAUUUUUUUAUCAAGCACAAACAUUAAUUUAACCAAUUAGAUAACUUAUUUUACUGCCAUUGAAUCAUAAUCGCGUCUCUGACAAUGUAACAGUUUUCAUGUGAAAUCAAAAAAAAUUCCACUUCUAUGGUCCAUAAGUCUUUAGCCAAAAAAAAGAUCAGUGGUCCUAUUUCUAAGUCUCUGGUCAUCCUUGAACUCUAGUUCUGUUUCAAAACCAGCUGUGGUGGGUGACUUGGCAGCCAAGUGUUCCCUAGAAAAGUGCCUGAUGUUGAGUGAGUGUUUCCCUGACUGACUGGCCACAUUUGAAAGUUCACCUUUUAGGAGUGGCAAGCCAUUUCUGUGAUACCCGUCUUAGCACAGUGUGCAUUAUCAGUGCACUUAUAUAAUGUCAGUGAAUUACAAUACAUCUUCACUGAAUUGAUGCAGGUUUGCACAUCAAGAAAAUCUUCAUUUUAUAAAUGUAAUAGUUUAUUUUCUGCCUUUGAAAUAAAUAAAAAUUGUGAUAAAUUUCCAUCAAUUACAUGAUCGGCCACUGUCACCCAACAUGCAUGUUAUAAUCUGGCUGCUAAUGUUACCUGAAACAGCUAAGCAAGGGUGAGAAGAUCAUCCAAUUAAUACCUAUGAAACUGAAGAAUUACUGGAUCUUUCUUUGUGGGAUAAACUGCAUUCCUAGCGUUUCUUGCUGUGUAUAGUUUGCAUUCAGUUUUUGUAUUAGACUGGAGAAUAUAUGUGACUCUUCAAAGCUAACUUUCAUGGAAAUAACCUGCAUUAACCUUCUUGAGCAUUAAAUGGACUUUUUUUAAAUGCUAUUUAAUUAUCCGCAAUUUUCAUUAUUAGGCGACCAUCAUCCCUGGAGCUCCAUUGUGAUGUUGCUGAAUCAUUGCGCUGUUGAAGUUGCAACAGUUGCAUAUUUGUCAUUGUUGAACUACAGUAGCUUGUCACACUCCAAUUGGUUAUUCAGCAGUUUAAACUUAGCUUCUUGGUUUAAAAAAAAACUACCCAAAUAUGACUGAAUAUACUUUAGUCUUCCAAAUAUGCAUCAAUAUUUAAUGCCUUCAAACCAUCUUUAGAUAUCUACCAUGUGAUGCACAUUAUGAAUGAGAAAUGCAUAGGGCCACAUAACAUCUAUUCCAAGUAUUAUAUGAAUAAGAUGAUUUGUAAUCUAAAAUGGAUGCAGAAUUAUUAUUGCAGUCCUCAAGAGGGUUAAUGUUAUCCAGUUAUUUUUCUAAAUGUGUCCAUAAUUUGUAAUAUCUUACUCAGUCCAUUCUUGUAAAAAAAAGAAAUGAGCAUGAUUUAUUGUUAUAAUGCAUAUGUAUUUGCCAGUUACUAGUUGGAUUUUGUUGUCUGUGGACAGUCUGAUCCAAAGUUUUGUGUACGUAUGCAAACAUUUUGAUUGCCCUCAAAAAUCAUAGCACUCAUUUUCAGUGUUGAAAUAAUUCGAGGUAUUCUCCCCCAUUUAUGUUUUGGUAAAUUGAAUUUUCCUGUCACGUUAAGUUUUGACUUAAAAUUUCCAUCAAUAAAUAUGCAAAAUAAAUUGUUCAUGCGAUUGUGUGCAGAUGUUUUUCUGCACUAGACAUAUAUGAAUGAUUGCCAGUUGAAAUUUCUGUGAAAAUAUUCAGGACCAUUUUGGCCCUAUUUCAUGAAAUGGGGAGGGAUUUUACUUCCUAUUUUAUCUCAACUGAAAAGAUUAAUGAUCCAAAAAUCAUACAGGGCAGCAAUUUGUUUUUCAAACUACACGCAAGAAACAUCUGUGCUUUACUUUGUCCAUGUAUUUAAUAACAAAUAUUUUCUUUUUAAAAGAAAUUGGUAAAUGACAUAACCAUUGUACAUUUAUAUGCUCAAAAUAUUUUUGCAAUGUCCCCAAAAGAGAACUUGUGAUUGUUAUAGUUAUUUUUGCUGCAAGAAUGCUUCAUUGUUACUAGAAACAUUUGCUAUUCAGUGCAUCUUUCCCCUGACAGCUUGCGCUUUACAAGCCAGAGAAUCCAGAAGGAUUUCUCAACAAGCAAUUAGACAUUGUCUUAGUGACAACAUCUUGUGAUUUGUCCCACGCUGUCACACAGUGGGAUGUUUCCCAGUCUUAAUUAUGUAUUGAAAAUCAAAUCAACCGUAUAGCAAAAAAGAUUUGAUACCAAAAUCCUAUAGGUUCCUUGACUAAAUCUAUUGUAAUUUUUUUGUAACUUUUUGUUCAGUGUUACUGUCCUCAAUAAAAAUUUAUUUCAAUUACA